GAUUGUAUUUGUGUGUUUGUGUGUGUAAAUGUGUAGUACCUUCUUUGUCAGAAGAUCCAACUCCAUUGGCUGAAGUUAAUAAUAUAAAUUUUGAAAUUGAAUCAGAUAAAUAUCCGUAUUCACCCAUGAAUGAUGAGCAUAAUAAUGAUGAUAAUGAGGAUUUCAAAGAGGAUUUAUUAAAAACACCAAGUGCUGCAGCAGCAACUACAACUACAACAACAGCAACAGCUGCCACAACACUGCCGUCGUCGUCGUCGUCGACACAAAAAGUUCCUAGUGAUGAACAAUUAGCGGAUAAAGCAACGAAAAAAGAUUUUAUGAAACCAAUGAAAAUGGUCACCUCAACACCCAUAACCAAAGUGAAUGAAAAGAAAUCCGAUGAAGUGAUUAGGUUGGAGCAAAAAGUACGUAAAGGUUUAAAAUUUCCCGAGGAAUAUGAACAACAAACCAAAGAGUUGGGAAACCAGCAACAAAAACAGCAAGAUUCUUUCAGUUCUUUGGAGUAUUCAUUUGAGAAAAUUAAAUCUCCCGAUUCUACACUCAAUGAAUCCACUGUAACCGCUACGGAACUAUCAAUAGAAGAUAAAACUAAAACCCCUACAACUAUGCUAAUAACAAACACAACCACGAAUAAUAAUAAGACACAGGAUGUUAAUGUAAAAACCACAAACUCAUCAAAGGUUAAUGCAUUAACUAAAGACUCAUCCAAUGAAGUUGAUAUUAAACCAACAAGCGAAAAUAAACGUCCUGAGUUACAACCCUUGAAUUUAAAGAAAUCCUAUGAAAAUAUAGAACCUUCUCCGGUACCCUCGGCACCAGCAGCAAAUAAUACCAAUAAUACAAAUAAUACCUCUAAUACGAAUGGUUAUCUAACAGUUAGUACGCAACAGCUAACAACUAAUACCACAAAUAAUUCAUCCCUAAAACCAGUGGAAAAGAUUAUACUCAAAGAAAAUACUCCCGGACAAGAUUUACUUGAAUGGUGCAAAGAAGUUACCAAAGAUUAUCCCAAUGUUAAGGUUACCAAUCUAACCACCAGUUGGCGUAAUGGCAUGGCUUUCUGUGCCAUUAUACAUCAUUUUGAACCCAAUCUAAUAGACAUGUCUAAACUAACACCACACGAUGUGGUGGGUAAUUGUCGUAUUGCUUUCGAUGCGGCUGAAUCAUUGGGUAUACCACGUGUCAUUGAGCCACGUGAUAUGAGUUUAUUGGCCGUACCCGAUAAAUUGGCUGUUAUGACGUAUCUACAUCAAUUGCGUGCUCAUUUCACCGGCAAACAAUUACAAAUUGAACAAAUUGGUCCCACUUCCGAUGAAUCGAGUUAUGUUAUUGGCAAUUAUAAAACUGACAAUUUAUCAUCACAAAAUUUACUCAAUUUAUCACAUUUGAAAGCACAACUAUUGCAUCAGAAUUCUUUGGAUGACGAUAUCUUUGGCCUUGACAAUAGCAAAUCACAAUUAUCGCCUACGGCCAAAAAAGAUGUUAAGAAUUUAAUACUCUCCGGUUCGAAGAGUAUACUGGGUAAGGUAUUGUCACCCACUCAUAAGGAUAAGAAUAGCAUAAAUGCUUCUCAACAUUCGAAUUUGAGUAAUCUGGCCGUUAAUACUCCCACGUCGCCUUUAAUCGAAGAUAAUAAUGUUUCUCUGGAUAAUAAUGAGGAACUGGAGAAACUUAACUCUUCAAAUCAAGAGAAUAUAUCCUUUAAUGCACAACAACCGGCCAAAGAACCCUCUUCGCCCACAGCUUUAGAUCCUAAUACCACAAAUAAAAUUUUAUCACGUCAUAAAGAACAAAGUGAAAAGGCUCGUAUCAUGAUGGAGAAAUUAAGAAUUUCUCAAAAUGAUAAAAAUAAUCAUGAUGAGGAACGUCAACAACGUUUACGUGAACAAGCCAGACGUUUAAUACUCGAAACACGCAACAAAUCCUCUAACAACAGCAGUUUGGAAAGUCCAACCUCACCCACAAAACCAAAACGCUACAAUUUCACCUCAGAACGCACGAUUUCACCGAUCAACAACACUUUAGAGUUAGAGGAGAAUGUUUCGACAUCACCGAAACAACAGCUAUCGCCAACGAAGAGAAUAACACCACCACGUGAUAAUGACAGUAGUAGUAAUCUAAAUAAGUUAAGUCCUAGUCAUAGAAUAAGUUUAACCAAUGGUGGCAGUACUUUACAAUCUUUCAAUAAUGUCAUGGAUAGAAUAGCAACACCAAAGACCGAGAAUAUGGGCGAGAAACUCUCCUAUAUACAAUCCGAAUUAGAGGCCCUGGAACGUGAGCAGGUGGCGGUGGAUCAAAAGGCCAAUAGUUUGGAGAAGAAAUUGCGUGCUGUUAUGGGCGGCAAACCAAUUACCGAAGAAACGGAGGAGCAAUUGUUAUCUCAAUGGUUUACUUUGGUAAAUAAAAAGAAUGCUUUAAUCCGACGUCAAAUGCAAUUGAAUUUACACGAAAAAGAAUGUGAAUUGGAACACAAGUAUAAUCUUCUAAAGGAGGAACUACGUGCUGCUCAAUCUGUGGAGGAUUGGCGCAAAACUGAAGCUCAGCGUGAGAAGGAACGUGUGCUUUUGGAAAAAUUAGUGGCAAUUGUUGAUAAACGUAAUGAAUUGGUGCAGUGUUUACACAAUGAGGAACAAGCUAUCGAAGAUGAUCAUGAAAUCGCCCGCAAUUUGGAACAAGUCAAUAUAAGUGGCAAUAAUGAAAAAUGUGUCAUUUCUUAAAUAGCUUUCUAAGCUUU